CUUUCCCUCUCCUUCUUACAACAACAACGUUUUUACUGCUAAAUUAGUGAAUUUGAUCUUUUAGAGUGGUUUUUCUGCCUUGUUUGUUGAUGGGUUUUUUUUGGGUUUUGGGAAUUAGUCUUUGUAGAAAUCAAGGUUUGACUUUUGGUGGGAUUAUCAGCUACCUUUCUUCCUCCUUUGCUAUUAAUCAUAGGAAUUCCUGGGGUGUUAUUUUGGGGGAUAUCAUGGAUUCUUUUCUUUGGUUAGUGUUGGCAAAAUAAAAUUAAUUUGACCAGAAUUGCCGCCUCUGUCAUUUCUUUGCUUUUAAGCAAGGAGAGUUUAGUUGAUUGAACAUUCUUUAUGCAUAAUCAAAUCAAUUCUAAAACAGAGCUUCUUUAUGUUUGGUGCUAUUUCUUUCAACUAAAAGGGUGAAGGGUUGGUCGAGUUUUUCUUGAAUAUUGGUUUUGUAAUAUUCUUCUUUUUGAGGGAUAUAAGGCUUAGUUUGUUGUUGUUGUAAUAUUCUUCUUUUUGAGGGAGUAGAACCAGGUAUUAGCUGUUCAUAGGUCGAAAUCAGUAUUCAGUAUUGGGGUCCUUCAAAGGCAGAGAGAGGAGCUGAGGCCAUCAAUUGACUGCUAGAUAUCCCGAAUACAUGGAUCAGAAGCACUCAACAGAAGCAGCAGAACACAGAAACGGUGAAUAUGUACUUAUUACUGAUGCGGAAGACCCACAGUUGGGAAUGUAUGAUAAACCUCUUCCUUGCUUUGGCUGUGGAAUAGGAUGGUUUUCUCUUCUUCUGGGAUUUGUAUUCCCAUUUAUGUGGUAUUAUGCUACCAUUCUCUACUUUGGAAACUACUAUCACAAAGAUCCAAGGGAGAGAUCUGGACUUGCUGCCUCUGCAAUAGCUGCAUUGAUAUGUACAAUCGCUGUGAUAAUCACAAUAGCUGUUCUCAUCUUCUAGUUCUUGCCAUCGCAGUCUGUUUCUUUACCACUGCUUAAGGUGCUUUCCUCCAACAGAAGGUGGGACAAGUAUAUAUUUAGAAUUCUGUUUCUUUCCUGUAGUCUUCUAAACCUGUAAUGGGGGCUGAAAGAAAAAAAAAAAAAAA